CAGACACUUAACACACGUUUGUUUUAUUUACAAGUACAUAUAAAAGCCGUGUAUUAAGUUAUUGCUAAUAAUACGUUAAAAAACGGCGCCAUCAGAAGUAGGAAGUGACGUUUCACAUCAACCCAGUGACUGUUCAGCCGAAGAAAAGGGUGUGUGUGUGUGUGUGAGAGAGAUGGAAGGACUAUACACACACAGUGUGUAUCUGCUGCAGGAACUGCAGGAACAGAGGAUUCAGGGGCUGCUGUGUGACUGCACCGUGGUGGUGAAGGGUGUGUGCUUCAAAGCACACAAGAACGUCCUGGCCGCCUUCAGCCCCUACUUCAGAGCUCUGUUCCAGAACCCUCCAGCAGCGAAAAACGAUGUGUUUCACCUGUCUAUUCAGGACGUAGGGGGCAUCGGACAGAUUCUGGACUACAUGUACACUUCCCACCUGGAGCUUAACCCAGACAACGUGCACACACUGCUGCACAUUGCACAGAACCUACAGGUGUCUAACAUCAUUAACAUGUGCACUGUGUACUUGAAGCCUGUGACUCCGCCCCUUUCACUGGCUGAUUGUGUUCUGGGGAGCCCUUUACCUGCAGAGCCUGACUUCCAAAGCCCCGCCUCCAAUGACAUCACUAAUCCCAAUGAUCAAUACAGACGACCCCAACAGACAAGUGGGAUGUCAGUUGCCCCGCCAACUGGUAACCUGGAAGCAGCCAGUAGUCUUCCGGCUCAUGGUUACAAACUAAGGAACUUUUACAGCAGACAGUAUUUUAAAAAAGUGGCAGAGGAGCAGAGUAAUAAUAACAAUAAUAAUAAUAUUAGUAGUAAUAAUAAUAUUAAACAAGGUGCCAAUCCGAGCCUUCCAAAACCACCCACGAAUACAGACAACCAAUCACUGCAUUCAGCACCGUCUACAACAACCAGUCAGAUACAAGCAGACACAGGAAAUCCUGCUCUGUCCCAGUCCACCGUUCCUGUGGUGUCACAGACUUUAACAUGCUAUGCAAAUGCUACCAUUCCCCCUUCUUCCUUGUCAUCAUGUUCUAAUACUCCUGUAUUUCCUGUGAGUGAGGUAAAAACCACCACUGUGUCUCGCACUGUGUGCCCUAAAAAGGCUGUUUACCUGAAGAAGUUUAAUUACCAUGUUUUAGAUGAGGGGGUGGGACCUGAGGGUUUAAUUGACAGCUGCAGUUCAGAAAGAGACCAGCAGGUGGGAACAGAACACAGGCCAGAACAUGUCAGUGUAGACACGCCCACUGAGGAACCAGUAGAAGAGCCAGAACCCAGGAUGAUACCUAUUCCUGACACACCACAAGAGCCAGAGCAGACAUGUCCUCAAAAUCAGAGCACAGAAGGGUCAAAAGUUGCCGAAAGGAGUAACAAGUGCUGCUGUGAAGUGUGUGGGAAAACAUUCAAACACCCCAGUAAUCUAGAGCUACACAAACGCUCACACACUGGUGAGAAGCCAUUCCAGUGUAAUAUGUGUGGAAAGAAGUUUUCCCAGGCGGGAAACCUGCAGACUCAUCUCCGUCGCCAUUCAGGAGAGAAACCCUAUAUCUGUGAGCUCUGUGGGAAAAGUUUUGCUGCAUCAGGUGAUGUUCAGAGGCACAUCGUCAUCCACUCAGGAGCACGACCUCACCAGUGUGAAAUCUGUGGACGAGGUUUUGGCAACCUCAGUAAUCUGAAGGAGCAUAAGAAGACUCACAGUUCAGAAAAAGAGUUUAUCUGCGAUCAGUGUGGCAAGUCAUUCAACAUGCAGAGAAAACUAAUCAAACACACAAUGAGACACACUGGAGAGAAACCGUAUUGCUGCCAGACCUGCGGUAAGUGCUUUGCCGGGUCUGGUGACCUCCAGCGGCACGUGCGCUCACACACAGGUGAACGUCCGUACAUGUGUGAAACCUGCGGGAAAGGUUUCACACGCACCGCAGUGCUUCGCCGGCACCGAAACUCUCACUGCAAUGCACAAACACACACCACGUCCUCACCACACCACGCACGCACCUCGCCCACUCACACCGAGGCUGACCCUACACACACACGCGCUCAGCUACAUGCCGUAAACACCACUCAGUCUCCACACACUCCUCAUUCCAACAAUCAGAGUGAACUCUGUGCUCUUCCUCAUCCAACCUCUGCCCCGUCACCUCCGGAAAGUUCCAGACAAGCCCCGAGCUCCCAUGACGCUACCUCCACUACGUUCUUUUCUUCUUCGUCUGCUACUCUUCCGGAUCUGCGCUCAGGUGUUCUGCAUCAUUUUAUAUCCAAGCCUCUCCCUUUGCAAUCGAAGGCCCCGCCCCAUCCUCUAAAGCCCGCCCUCCACUCUGACUCUUCCUUCGGCUGGGACUCGCAAUGAAAAUGUCUCAGAAAAUGCAAGAAUUUGAUCCACGAUGUGUGUUUAUUUAUUAAAUGUGUUACCAUUUAUUAAAGAUGCAUAAAAUGUU